AAGUCUCGUUUGCGUGAGAGUUUAGUCCGUGAUUUGUUGUGUGAAGCUUAAUAAUGGAUGCAACUGCGCCGCCAACAGUUGACGGAGUUGAAGACGACGAUGCCUGGUUGUAUGGAGAUUCUGAAAGUAAAGAAAAUUCAGAACCUCCUCCAACUAGUGAUGGCAGAAACGAUGCUGAUGAAAGCGUAAAAUCUGAAGGCUCAGUAAAAGAAAGUAGUCCUCCAUCGGCAACUAAUGGAUCUAGUCAGGCCAAACCUAAAGACCCUGAUGAUAAGGAAGCGGGAGAAUUGAGCGGAGAAGAAGAUCUUGGUGACCGGAAAGAAGAUGACGAUUCCGAUGAUGAUGAUUUGGUCCAGGUUACGAUUGGUGACAUCAAGUCAGGACCAUCAGUCUAUGAGACACCAAGAAUUUUCAAACAGGGCACUGGUUAUAACAAAUCUUCCUCAGGAACAAGUGGCUUAAACAAACCUCAAGGAAAAGGAAUUGAUUUGGAAGCUGUUGGCACAAAUAAUGGUGUUCCUACAUAUGACUUUGAUUUUGAUAGCCUUCAAGCAGAAGAUAAACCUUGGAGGAAGCCUGGUGCUGACAUAACUGACUAUUUCAAUUACGGUUUCAAUGAAGACACUUGGCAACAGUACUGUGAGAAACAGCGGCGAUUACGUAUGGAGAAUCAAACCAACAAAAUAAUGGUUCACCAUGCUGGUGCUCCAACACCUGUUGUUAACUCCCGAAGUACACCUGAAGAAAAACCAGCUGUAUUAAACAAUGCUGGCAAUACUCCUGUAAGUUUACUGGGUAAGCGAGCUGCACCUCCUCCUAACAGAAAAAUGUCUGGUACAAUAGACGUGAUUGGAACUACAGCUAGAGACUCAAGAAGACCAGCUCAGUCAGCUAAUAAUAGUGAACCCAUACCAACCACAGAUUCCAAUGAUUACCGCAAGCCAUAUUCUGGAGUUGCACCUUCUGGUAUUCAACCGCAUCAUCCCCAUUUGGCACAAAUUCCUGAAUAUGGACUACCUCCACCUGGCAUGCCACCCCCUGGUAUGCCACCUCCAGGUAUGCCUCCACCUCCAGGAGUUGCAAUGAUCCCCCCAGCUUUCCCAGUACCCCCACCUACAACUGAUGGCUAUGAUUCUUAUUAUCAGCCACAGAACCAACCAUCUGAUCGCAAUUCUAGCUAUGAGGAACGACAAUCCUACAACUACGAUAACAACCAUCCAUAUUCCAAUACAUAUUCAAACCCACCUCCACACUGGGAGAACAGGCAUCCCACAAGUCAGUCCACUCACAGAAGCAACAACUUUGAGAGGUGGGACUAUAACAGAGACCGUAGCCCUCAACGAGAAUCUGAUUACAACAGGAGUGGGUACCGCCGUGACCGUGAAAGAGAACGGGAUCGUGAGAGAGACAGGUCUUGGUCAAGAGAUCGUGAACGCACUCGAGAACACAGACAUAGAGACAGAGAAGACAGGCACCGUUCACGCAGGAAACAUCGGGAUGAAGAAGAGACAAAUGAACAUCACCGUUCUAAACACAAGAAAGCAAAGAAGUCAAAACGAGAAAAAGAAGAGGAGGGUAAUGAUAGCUCAGGCUUAGCUGUAGGAGGAAAUGUCCCUCCUGAAGAUGUUCCUUGAGGACCAAAAGGUGUAUGUCAACCGUUUCUUUCCAAAAGUUAUUUCCUAAAAAAUAAAAAAAAUUUAAAGAAAAAAAAAAAACAUCAACCAUGAUGUUAUAUCACUUGUUUUUGUAAUAAAAAAAUUAUUUCAAA